GCCCCGGCGGGGAUGGAGGCGCUGUGGGCAGCGGGGGGGCUCCUGCUGGCCCUGGCCCUGCUGGCCUUCCUCCUGUACUGCUGCUACGUGCGCUACAUCCACGCCAAGUACGACCACAUCCCCGGCGCGCCGCGGGAGAGCUUUUUAUUUGGACACCUGCCAAUCAUAUGGAGGAUGGUGAGGAAACAGGAGUUUACGCCAGAUCUCUUACUGCAGUGGGCAGAGAAAUACGGACCUGUUAUACGAAUGAAUGCCUUUCACAGAGUCUCAGUAUUGAUUGUGAGCCCUGAAGGAGUGAAGGAGUUCUUGAUGUCACCACAGCACCCAAAGGAUCCGAUAGUGUAUGGUACUCUCUUCAGACUAUUUGGUGAGAGGUUCUUAGGGAAUGGCUUGGUGACUGUUUGCAACCACGAGCAUUGGCACAAGCAGCGGAGGAUAAUGGAUCCGGCUUUCAGCCGAAGCUACCUGAUUGGUCUGAUGGAUACUUUUAAUGAAAAAGCAGAGGAGCUGAUGGAGAAGCUAGAGGAAAAGGCAGAUGGAAAAACAGAGUUUAGCAUGCUGUCGAUGAUGAGCCGGGUGACUAUGGAUAUCAUUGGAAAGGUAGCCUUUGGCUUGGAAUUAAAUUCAUUGAGUGAUGACCAGACACCUUUACCCAAUGCUGUGACUAAGGUUAUGGAAGGACUGAACAAAGCACGUGUCCCCUUCAUGAGGUUCAUUCCAGGGAAGCAGAAGUUUGUAAAGGAGGUCAGGGAGAGUGUGAGGCUGUUGAGACGUGUGGCAAAGGAGUGCAUUGACCGGAGGAGAGAAGCCAUCCAGAAUGGGAAGGAAGCCACAAUGGAUAUUCUUACACAGAUACUGAAAGGAGCUGCUCUGGAGGAGACCAGAGAUGAUGAAAACAUUCUGGAUAACUUUAUCACUUUCUUUGUUGCAGGUCAUGAAACCAGUGCUAAUCAGAUGACAUUUACAGUAAUGGCACUGGGUCAGCAUCCUGAAAUACUGGAAAGGGCUCAGGCUGAAGUGGAUGAGGUUCUUGGUGCCAAGAGAGACGUUGACUAUGAGGAUCUUGGCAAGCUCACCUACUUAUCACAGCUGGCUGACCUGUGGUGCUUUGUGCUGGCACAGAUUUUGAAGGAGUCGCUGCGGCUGUACCCGCCCGUCUCAGGCACGCUCCGCAGGCUGGAGAAGGACGAUGUCAUCAAUGGCAUCAGAAUCCCUGGGAACACCACGGUCUUUCUCAACACUUAUGUAAUGGGAAGGAUGGAAAAGUUUUUCAAGGAUCCACUUACUUUUGAUCCAGAUCGAUUCAGCAAAGAUGCACCUAAGCCUUAUUACUGCUACUUUCCAUUCUCUCUGGGACCCCGAUCCUGCAUUGGGCAGGUGUUUGCACAGAUGGAGGUAAAAGUGGUGAUGGCAAAGCUGCUGCAGAGGUUUGAAUUCCAGCUGGUGCCAGGACAGAGUUUUAAACUCUUGGAGGCUGGAACCAUGAAGCCACUAGAUGGAGUAAUAUGUAAAUUAAAGCCAAGGAACUCUGCAAGAGGCUGCCAGGCAUGACUGCUCAGGGAGGGGAGCGUGGCAUGUACUCCUAGUGUUUAUUCUGGUUUUGAAGAUCUUGACACUAAUCAAAAUUUAGAUUUUGUAGAUCCCUUUAGAGGAUUACUAGACUGAGGUUAUUUCUAACCUUCCUCAUAAUUUACUGAAGAAAACCUUACAAGAGUCACUCUACUGAGCAACUUCAAUCUGGAAGUGUACCUGGAAUUGCCAAGUUUGUUCUUUUCCUGGGGAAAAGAUUUGAUUCUGAACCAGACUUGGAAAAGAACAUCCUUUUACUGGAGUAUCCCUGGAGUGCUACACAAACCUACGCUCCAAUCCCAGCCCAUGGUUUCCACUAAGCUUAUAUACAACACAACAUGGUCUGUAAGCCCUUGUUUGGGGAGUUUCUUACUUACACAAUGAAGAAGAGAAUAGAGCACAGGUUUGGGAUGAAUUUAGGAAGAGAUGUUUGGAGAUAUUCACAUUUGAAGCAGGGAUAGAAAAAUUGCUUUGACCAAAAGACUAACAAUUGAUGGGAACAAUCUGAAAGAAAACCACAAAAAAUCAGAGUUCAAGGCCACUACUUUCUCCUGUUGCUACU